AUGUCCGACGACUUUUCCGGUAACAUGUCCGGCGACUUUUCCGGCAACAUCGCCACUCUCGACAACAUCAUCAAUUCCGGCAAGGUAUCCGCCGACUCUUCUGAUGACAAAUUCGACGUCAUCUCUGACGACAUCUCCUUCAAUGACUCUGGCAUCACUUCCGACAAGGAUUUCGGCGUCACUUCCGACGAAAUCUUUGAUGUCAGUUACGACGACACAUCCGACGUAAAGCCUCCGAUGAAGAUCAAAUUGUUGAACACGCAGACAUUUGAGCAUUUGCAUAGGUUUAAUGUUGUUGCUAAGUUCUACUAUUCGUCUUAG